GGCAGGACCAAAGUCGCGAACAGCGAUCCGUCCAUCCGAUCAUCGACAACGCACUGCUCUCACCGUCCUCCACUCUCCACUCGCCAAGUUGUCAAGCCACGAUACUCGUUCUACACAGACAUCUCCUCUCUCCUCUCCUCUCUCCUCUCCGCUCGCUCUCUCACUCUCUCCCCAUCUCCAUCUCCCUCUUCCGCUCUCCCAUCCCCUUCCCCACCCCCCUCCCAUCGCACAAACACUCCAUCAUGACCCACUCCAACGGACACGCCAACCCCAACGGGGGGCCUGACCUCGCCGCCCUUCGCCAGGCUUACGAGGAGGCGGGGCAGGGCCACGUCUUCACCUUUUGGGACAAGCUCACGCCGGCCGAGCAGGGUCCCUUCGCCGCCGAGCUCGCCUCCAUCGACGUCAAGCGCGUCAACCGCAUCUACCGCAACGCGAUGGCCGCCGAAGCCCCCGCCGCCGACCUCACGGGCCUCGCGCCCCCUCUGGUCGGCAAGGACAUCUCGCGCUCGCCCUCGCCCACACCCGAGGAGGCUGGGCCACUCCCCGCCUCCGCGGUCGCCAGCAGCGACUCGCCGGACGCCGCGCGCUGGCGCGACGUCGGGCUGCGCGCCAUCGCGGACGGCACCGUCGCCGUCCUCCUCCUCGCCGGCGGGCAGGGGAGCCGUCUCGGCUCGCCCAACCCCAAGGGCAUGUACGACCUGGGCUUGCCGUCGAGCAAGAGCCUGUUCGCGUACCAGGCCGGAAGGAUUCGCAAGCUGCAGGCGCUUGCGGCGCAGCACGCCGGAAAAGACGACAAGGACGUCCGUCUCCGGUGGUAUGUGAUGACGUCGGGGCCCACACGCGCCGUCACCGAGGCAUACUUUGCCGAGAUGGACUACUUUGGGCUCGACUCGAACGACGUUGUCUUCUUUGAGCAGGGCGUUCUCCCCGCCCUCUCUAACGACGGCAAGCUCCUCCUCGCCGCACCAGGCAAGGUGUUCACGGCCCCCGACGGCAACGGCGGACUGUACGCUGCCCUCCGCCGCCCCGUCAACGCCAACACGGACAUGACUGUCCUCUCGGACCUGCACGCCCGCGGCAUCAAGUACAUCCACGCGUACUGCGUCGACAACUGCCUCGUCAAGGUCGCGGACCCCGUCUUCGUGGGCUACUGCAUCGAGCGCGACGCGCAGUGCGGCGCCAAGGUCGUGCGCAAGACGGUGCCCACAGAGUCGGUCGGCGUGAUCGCCAAGCGCGGCGAAGCCUACGGCGUCAUCGAGUACUCGGAGCUGCCGACGGCCAAGGCCGAGCAGCGGGACGACAAGGGCGACCUCGCGUUCUGGGCCGCCAACAUCGCCAACCACUUCUACACGACCGCCUUCCUCGACACCGUCGAGGCGAUGGAGCGCAAGAUGGCCUUCCACAUUGCCCGCAAAAAGAUCCCCCACGUCGACAUCGCCUCCGGCCAGCAGCUCAGCCCCGCCGAGCCAAACGGCAUGAAGCUCGAGAUGUUCAUCUUCGACGUCUUCCCCUUCGUGCCCGCGCUGAGCGUGCUCGAGGUCUCGCGUGCCGAGGAGUUCUCAGGCCUCAAGAACGCCCCGGGGAGCAAGUCGGACUCGCCCGAGACGUCGCGCCGCGACCUCCUCGCCCAGCAGCGCCGCUGGCUCCUGGCCGCCGGCGCGACGUUCGCCGACGGCGUAGAGGUCGAGGUUACGCCUGAGGCGUCGUAUGGCGGCGAGGGCCUCGAGUACGUCGCGGGCAAGCACUUUGUGCGCUCGGGCGCGAUCAGCGGGCCCGACGACGUGGCCGCGCUUGUUUAAUCACAUCUUACGGAUACUGGACACAGCAUGUAGAAUACGCCGUCAGGCAUGCAUCACAUAAGUCAUGG